CCCUCCUCCCUCCGCAUCUCCAACUUGCACAUCACCAAUGGACGCCCUCAGGAUGUCCCCGCACAACCGCCGUCUCCAUCGCCCACUUUCUCGAAAUGGCAAUGCGGAGGACCAAGGGUCCGAUGAGGACAGCGAGGCGAGAAUUUCCAAAGCAUGGAGCCCGACGUUGGCUCGAGAGGAUGGAAUUCUAUAAAAUGGCGAGGAUACGCCAAUCACACCCUUCUUAAACAUCUGUUGAAGGACGCCUCUCCUGCUACAGAGAACAUUGCAUCGUGUCGCUUGUCCGACCGCCGCCAUCAUGAAGUUCACUGCCCUAUCUCUUGCCAUCGCGCUGGCAGCGUCCGGCGCCCACGCUGAAAUCUACAAGAAGCCGCCUCCGAACAACAUCACGCCUCAUCUCGUCGCCAAUUUCCCUUGGAAAGACCCGUUCCCCAUCAAGGAAUCCGACGCUGUCGAGCCCUCGUGCGAAGUGGCAAAGCAUUUCUUUGCCAGGGAGUACACCCUCCACGAGCUCAUGGAAGAACCGCCCAGGGGCCUCAAGCCAUGGGCGGAUGGCCUGAAGAAACUCUUCUCCAGCCGCGAGUACCCUGGUGGCUGGUCAGGCUACGACAGGCACGGAUAUGACCGCUCCAUUCUCAAGAUGGACUACGCCGACAUUCCUCUCGCUUUGAGAGAGUGGAUUGAGGAGCAGGAGAGGACAGAGGGCGAGUGGAAAGGUCUCUUUGGUGUCUUUCGCGACUCUAAGGGCGGCGAGGACACCGUUGACGACGUGGUGGACGUGAAGGAGAACAUUGACCGCAGCCAAGAUAAGGACCGCGUGGUCAUGUUCGCGCCCGCGGCUGUCUACCACGUGCUGCCAUUGUGGGUGGCGGAGGAAAGUGACUGCAAAGAUCAACUGCUCGACCUGAGCAAUUACAAGCCCGAGCCAGCGGACGGUACUGUCGUGGGAUGGGCCGACCACAAACGACCCAAGGAUGAUAAGACAACCGAGUUCAGGGUCAGUGUCAAGGCGCUCAAGCAAAAGACCGUACCAUCAGCCUCCGAGGGCGUCAAGAAAGAGGAGCUGUGACCUCGUCCGUGUUUGCGUUCCUACCUGGGGAGGAUCCUUUUGGCUGGGUUGGCGUUUAGGUGUUAGUUAGAGACCCUGCGGUAUGAGUAUCAACAUCAAUUAGGCAAUACUUUUAGGCAAACGCCCACCCUGUGAGUGAUUCAUAGAAGGUCGCCGGAUGCGGUCAGUCUGGGCUGACGCAUGGGCACUCAUGUCCCGCAUCCGGAUGUUGGCCCUGAUGUUGGCGACUGAGACACAACACCGGGAAGCUUGAUCAGCGUAGAUAGCGCGGACUCUUGCGCU